GUCUUCGCUUUCAAUCCGAAAAAUAAAAAUAAAAAAAGGGGGAAAUUGAAAGAAAGAAAACAAGAGAAAAAGGGGAAAAUGAAAAGAAAUUUCCAAAUUGAGCCCCUGCAGACCCUGCAAAUCUUAGCUAUUUUUGAGGUCUCUCUAUCUUCCAUUUUCGAAGCUUCUUCUUCUUCUUCUCUUCUAACCUCAAGUUAAAUUAUAACUCGCAGCUCACCGAUUCCAGUUAUUUAGAUAACUUAUCAUUAUCAUUAUUUAUUUAAGUUAAAAGAAAAUAUGUCCUCUUCGAUGAAACAGGCGCGGUGGUAGUUGGUGAGUGAUCUAACUUAGGGUUUCCAAUUUCCACGACGGUCGGUGGUGACGGUUAGGGUUUCAUAUGGCGGCGGCGAAUCCACAGCCCCUACAGGCGCGUCCGUACAAGGACCACAGAACGCGAGCUCCAAUACAGAUCGAGGACGAUGACGACGGAGAGUACGGAGACGUUGAUGGUAUGGAUGACAUGGAAGAGGAAGCAGCAGUAGCGCAAGUGAAUUCAGGCGUGAGUGUGGCAGAGCACAACCACGGAGCUGCUGGUGGUGGUGGUGGUGGUGUGGCUAUAGCUUCGAGGACUAGUGAACUCACUCUCUCUUUUGAAGGAGAAGUUUACGUUUUCCCUGCUGUUACCCCUGAAAAGGUGCAAGCAGUGCUCUUGCUUCUGGGAGGACGAGAUAUACCUACUGCGGUACCUACUAUUGAAGUGCAAUAUGAUCAAAAUAAUAGGGGAGUGGGUGACACCCCAAAGCGCUCAAAUCUUUCACGAAGAAUAGCCUCUCUUGUUAGGUUCCGUGAAAAAAGAAAGGAGAGAUGUUUUGACAAGAAAAUAAGAUACACUGUGCGAAAAGAGGUUGCACAGAGAAUGCACCGCAAGAAUGGGCAGUUUGCAUCCAUAAAAGAAAAUCCAGGGGAUUCAAGUUGGGACUCUGGUCAGAGUUGCCUUCAGGAUGGCACCCCUCUUUCAGAAACUGUUGUCCGGAGAUGUAAGCACUGUGGUGUUAGUGAAAAUAAUACUCCAGCAAUGCGUCGUGGGCCAGCUGGACCUAGGACUUUAUGUAAUGCUUGUGGACUAAUGUGGGCAAAUAAGGGAACAUUGAGGGAUCUCAGUAAAGGAGGAAGGAAUCUUCCAGUGGACCAAAUAGAACCUGAAACACUGAUCGAAGUCAAGCCUUCCAUCGUUGAAGGGGAAUUCUCUGGUAACCAGGAUGAGCAUGGAACUGCUAAAGAUCUUUCUAAGGCAGUUAGCGAAGGAUUCAACAACCAUUCUAUCAAUCCAGAUGAGUUCCUGCCUUUUCUGGCUUCAGCAAUUUUACAAUGGAUGGAAGCAGUUUUUUUUUUUCCCCAUCUGUGGCUAAGCAAUGACAUGAUUUGUUUUUACUCUGUUCUUUUUUCUGUGUACAUAUGUUUCUGGAAAUUUAUCAAACACCCAAAUCAGUUUUCCAAGAAGCUACUGAAGAUAUUACAAAUACUUUGCCAAUGGGAGUUAUCCAUUCUUCCGGAGAUGAUGAUGAGCAGUUUUGGGAUUUGCAGGAACCACUGGUUGAGCUUGCCAAUCCUUCAGAUACAGAACUUGACAUUCCUGCUAAUUUUGAUUAGAAGGUGACAGUUUGCUUCUCUCGAUUAAUGCAUGAGAGAUUUGGAUUGGAGAUGGGUGGUGCCAUUUCAAUCCUUCUUACCAUGAUGCUACAUGGAGGGAAAGUUACUGAUCUCUCAUGAAGGGUGUAAAUUGUGAAUUGUAACUAGAGUUGUAACCAUAAACAGGCAUUUCGCAACUGUAGAUUUGAUUUCUUGACAGGAGAUGUGAUGCUACUUCCAGCCGACACCAAGAUACGGGGCAACGCUUCUUGUGGAUAUUAAUGCUAGAUCAUGUGUGUGUGUGUUUGUGUGUGUAUGAUUCGUUAGGACACACCUCAGUGCGUUUACCAGUAUUUAUGUGAUUAGGUUGUUAGGCUGUUAUAAGAUUGAUAUGUACUCGUUAAAUCAUUUUUAACAUGGCCGGCCCAAAAGACUAAAUUAAAUAUGCUUCUGGUA